AUGAAAGCUAGAGAGUAUUGCUGUUGCGCAAUCCCCUUGGUCAAAGCUGGCAUAUAUACCACGUUGAUCGAACAAUUUUCUCUUGGAAUUAUCAUAGGCACCCUUUCUGUUGGAACGCCUUCCAUUGUUGGAGCAGCAACUCCUUCAUACGCCCCGACGCUCCUUGCAAUAGUAUGCUACGUGGGCGCUGCAAUUCAAGUUCUUGGCUUCAUAGGUGUAUUUAAGGAAAAACACAUACUUUUCCGCCGCUAUGCCACUCUUCACUCCCUCAUCACCCUUGCCGCUUUUGCAAUUGCUGCGGCGUGGGUCAUACUCUCAGCCACUCGUCACUCAACUGCUUUGACCAACUGCGAGAAGAAAUACUAUCCUACAGCAUCCAACGGUAGCAAUACUACCGAGGGUCAAACCGUCUGCGGCAUCAUUACCUGGAUUGACGUCGGGCUGAUGGCCGGUGCUUGGGUCUUCUUUGCUCUUGUGCAGUCAUAUCUGUUCUUUGUUGUUUCAUCUUACGGGACCGCCCAAACACGGGAUUACGAAAAGUACGACGCUCUCAAUGAUACCACGAAGCCACUGACGGAUAAUAUUCCGAUGACUGAUCGUGGUGAUCCUUGGGAUUAUAGAGCAUCUGCCGAAUAUGAGGAUGGCCGCGGUCAUUUGCGACACGCAAGUAUGGCAUCAACUGCGAAUGCUCCUUUACAGAAAGAAAGAUACGCCGAUGGUCAAUCUCAUCUUACGCCGACCUAUCUCCCUGAACCUCAGCCGCAAAUUGAGCGGCAGCAAUCGACACGAACUGCCCCUUUGAGCACACACAGCCCUCAGCCUGCUCCAUAUGCUGAUGAUUACUACGGCGCUGAUAGUCCAGCUGUGCAACCUGCACCCACUCAUCCCGGUGUGUAUUGA